AGCACAUGUUAUUUGACAGUUGACGUCCAAAACAUAACCAAUAUAAUAAUUAUAACUUUUUUUGCAGUUGAAAACGUGUAGAUAAACCAGUAAGAUUUUUUAAAAUUUUAUUCAUUUCUUCAAUUAUGGCUGGUAUAAAAUCCAAAAAUAAACUUAUUAAACAGAAAAAAGUUUCCAAGCAAUCAAAAAUCAAAACACCUUUGAAAUAUCCGAUAAAACUUUCCACAACUAAGAAUAAGAAAACAACUUUACGAAAACCAGUCGACAAUCUAGAUGAAUUCGUUGACGAAUUUAAAAAUGAUAGCUCAAAUACUGAUAGUGAACUGGACAUGGAUAAAGAACUUAGCGAAAAUGGGGAAGAUAUUCUUGGUAUUAAAAGUGAUGAAGAGGAUGUUGACGAGGAAGAAUCUGCUGAGAAACACAAAAGAGAUUUGGAAAAAUUGAAACAUAGUGAUCCUGAAUUUUAUAAAUUUUUACAAGAAAAUGAUAAGAAACUUUUAGAAUUCAAUUUAUCCGAUGAAGAUGAUGAUAAGGAUGAAACUGAAGAUGAUAUCCAUAAACCUACAGAUAAAUUGUCAGUAGGAAGUGAUGAAAGUGACUUUGAGGAUGAAGAUCAAGAAAAACCAAAGGAUCCAAGAAUAAUCACUCUUAAAGUAUUAAAAUCAUGGCAGUCUGAAAUUCAGUCAGAUAAGACUAAUAAAACAAUUAUAGCAGUUAUGCAAGCAUUUAGUGCAGCAUUGAGAACAGUUUCAAACGAUGGAGAUCAAGAAGCAGGUUAUUACAAAGUAGAAGGUUCUGCUGUUUUUAAUGGGGUUAUACAAUUGUGUGUACUUGAGUUGGGUCCAGCAAUAAGACGAUUUCUUAGACUUCAACCGGGAUCUAAACAGCCACCACAUAAGUGUAAAAAGUUUAUCAAGAUAAAAAAAAGUUUAAAAUCCUAUUUUAGUGAUAUCUUGAAGCUAUUGAAAGGAGUAUCAUCAUCAAACAUUCAUACAGUUCUAUUAAAACAUUUGCAUUAUAUGUCAACACUUCUGACCUCUUAUCCAAACAUAACUAAAUCUUUAGUAAAACAUCUUAUACAAUUAUGGGGAACUAAAGAUGAUUCUGUAAGAGUGAUGGCAUUUUUCUGUAUAUUAAGAAUAACCAAUAAUCAGCAAGCCUUUAUCCUUGACACAGUCUUGAAAUCAAUGUAUAUGACUUACGUUAAAAAUUCGAAAUUUGUCAGUUUUAAAAAUUUGCCUGUUAUAAACUUCAUGCGAAGAUCUUUAGUAGAAAUGUAUGCAUUGGAUGUGAACUUUGCAUAUCGACAUGUUUUCCUGUAUAUCAGACAGUUAGCCAUACACUUGAGAAAUGCCAUAACGAUUAAUAAAAAAGAAAAUGUGCAGGCCGUUUACAAUUGGCAGUUUAUAAAUUCACUGAAACUGUGGGGUUGCUUUUUAGCAGUCACAUACAAUAAAAAAAUAAUGCAACAAUUGAUUUAUCCGUUUGUACAGAUCUGUAUUGGAUCAAUUAAAUUGGUGCCUACAGCACAGUAUUACCCUUUAAGAUUCCAUAUUGUACAAAUCUUGAUAGAUCUAUCAAAGGAUACAGGCGUUUUUAUACCAAUUUUACCAUUUUUAUUGGAGGUAUUAACCACACAAGAUUUUAAUAAGAAACAUAAAAGAGUAUCAAUGAAACCGCUACAAUUUACUUGUCUGUUGAGACUGUCAAAAUCCCAAUUGCAAGAAAAUGGUUUCAAAGAUACAGUCAUAGAAACUAUUUAUGGACUGCUUCUGGAAUAUCUAAGUUCACAAUCACAUACGCUGGGAUUUCCUGAUAUGAGUCUUAUUUCUGUUAUACAGAUUAAAAAGUUCAUAAAAACGUGCAAAAACCCAAAUUACUUUAGAAAAUUUAAACAAAUAUUAGAAAAAAUAGAACAGAACUCCAAGUAUAUAGAAAAUGGAAGAGCUAAACUGAAUCUGAACCUAAAUGAUUUUAAAUUGAUUGAAGGAUGGGAAGCACAAAUUAAAGAGAAGAAACCUCCUUUGACUGUAUAUUACGAAAGCUGGCAAAAACUAACAAUUGUUAAGAAGAACAAACAGAUGACUAAAAAUGAUGAAUUGGCAGAUUAUAAAUUGCCCACUCUUAAAAAAACACAGAAGGAAGCGAAAAAGAAUGAAGGUCCAGUAGAAUUGUUUCCUAGUGAUUCAGAAGAGGAAACAUCUGAGAAGCGCAAGAGAGGUAAGAGAGGUGGAAAGAAACAUAAAAAAUCAAGUGAAAUUAAUGCAAUGGAUGAGGAUGACGGUAUCAAUGAAAAAGAUAUUGUUGAAGAUAUUCAAGAGGAUGAUUGGUAAUCUGUUUAAAUGAAGUUUCAAGUUUUGUAAAUAUAAUUUUAUAUUAAUGAAUUGUUUUACUGAAUAAAUUAAUUACUUCAAUUAACACGUUGACUGCCGACUACGAGAUAACUCGUAGGUAGCGAUCUUUUCAAGGACGCCAACUACGAGUUGUCUCGUCUGGUGUUUACUUGCCAUUCUUGUGUUGCUACGAUUAAACUCUUAAUAUAUCAGUGCUAAUAUCGAUAGAUGGCUUCUUGGGAAAGAACAAAAAAUCAAUGUUGGCUUGCAUAAAAGACAAUUUAUUUGAAAAGGAACAUAAAAAAUGUAAGUGUAAGAAUUAAGUCAAAUUACAGAAGUAUAAUAAUAUUUACUGUUUGUGGAACUUUUUAAAACAACCUUCCACACACAGAGCUGGCUUUUCACUACAUACUGGACAGUAAUAACGCGUUUCUCGGCGUUUUUUUCCUUGGUUACAUAUGCGACAUGGUUUCGUUGGACGCUGUUUUUUUUUCGGUAGGCGGUAAACUCUCUAAAUAAUGGAUACUUUGCAAUUUACUCUUUUUCGUAACAUGUUGAAUUUCUUGUCCAAUCAAUGCGAGCACGAAUUCCUCUCUGAACUUUAUCAGUUUUAUGUUAGAAGAUGUAACUUUUUUAAAAAUUUUGUGAGCAUUGUGGAUGUAAACCUCUAUAAUGUGCAAUGCAUCCUUUUUGGGCCAUCUAUUAGUCUUUCUUAGAGAUGAAUAAUACGAAAGCAUUUGAUCUGAUCGGUCAAUGCCAGACAUUCCAUUGUUGUAAUCUCGAAUUAUAUUCGGUUUCAUAGAAAUUUUUCCAUUGCUAUUGGGCACUUCUAUCAUUUCAACAACAUGCAUGUUUGAAAUGCAAAGGACAUCUCGCUUGUCUUUCCCUUUGCAAACAGUAACAGGACCAUUUCGCUGCUAAAUACACCCCCCUUUUUUCAAUUUACGAUUUACUGUUACUGUUAUUUCGUAGGAUUCCACACACAUACGUUUUUCGUGUAUUUAACAGUUUUGUAAGUGUAACAGAAUUAUAAAAAUUAUCCAUGAAAACCGUGUAUCCUUUAUCGAGAUAGUCCUCAAGUAAAUGUAAAACAACAUCAGUAGUGUGGCCUACGUUAUUGACAGUUAUCUCAGAUUUUCCACUAUAAAUAUUUAUUUUCAUAACGAGACCAUCGGACUCACAAAGUUCAUACAGUUUGGACCCAUAUUUGUGUUUCUUAUUUUUUAUGUAUUGGCGGAAAAUCAAUCUUCCCCGCCAUAGCAUCAUAGACUCAUCAAUACAAAUAUUUUUAUCUGGUACAUAGUUUUCCCGCAUAAUAUUGUUGAAAUGAUUUAGAAUUGGUCUUACCUUGUAUAAUCUGUCGGUAGAUGGUAUUGAGUUAUCAACCAAAUGAAAAUAACGAAGUAACAACUGGAAUCGAUUUCCACUCAUAUGUGAGCGCCAAAAGUGUACAUUAUAUAGCUCGUUUGUGCUCCAGUAAUGUUCAAUUGAUGGAAAAGAGCAAGGUCCCAUUUGCAGCAGAAGUCCAAUAAAAACUUUCAUCUCAGCAACACUAACGUUUUGCCAAUUUGAUAACCUGUUGGUUUUCUUUAUUGUUGUGCGUUUUUCAAUUUCUUGCGCAGCAUAUAAAUUAGUUUGUUCCACCAGUAAGGCAAGAAAAUCGUCCGAAAAAAAUAAGUCCACUAGCGUUUGAAUUGUAAAAUUAGUCGUAUCCAAUUUCACACCAACCUUUUCUUUGAAAAUAAAUAAUUCAGGACUCUGUUGAGUUUCUGUCCACAAAUUAUCAUUCGCAUUUGAUGUUGUUGCUUGAGAAUCAUCGGCGUUAUCUUCAGAUUCCGGAUCAUCUUCAGAUUUUGAGACGACUUCAUAUUCACUAUCACUUGAAUUCUCAGAAGGUUCAUAAUCGCUACUGCUAUUCACGCCAGAAAGCUCAUCAAACUCUGAAUCACUUAUAUUUAAGUAGUAAUCAAUUUCACUUUGAGUCAAUGGUCUUUUCCUAUCCAUAUU